UGUUACCACCAGCUGAUGAGAUGGCAUCUUUGCAAAGGAAGGGGCUGCCAGCAAGGAUCCUCAGCUCCGAAGAAGAGGAGAAGCUGAAAAGGGACCAAACUUUAGUGUCUGAUUUUAAACAACAAAAACUGGAAAAAGAGGCUCAGAGGAACUGGGAUCUUUUUUACAAAAGAAAUAGUACUAAUUUCUUCAAAGACAGACACUGGACCAUCAGAGAGUUUGAGGAGCUCAGAUCAUGUAGGGAGUUUGAAGAUCAAAAAUUGACUGUACUUGAAGCUGGCUGUGGGGUUGGGAACUGUUUAUUCCCACUUUUAGAAGAUCUGAAUAUCUUUGCUUAUGCCUGUGAUUUUUCUCCAAGAGCAGUUGAAUAUGUCCAGCAAAAUCCUUUAUAUGAUACAGAAAGAUGCAAGGUAUUCCAGUGCGACCUAACUAAAGAUGACCUUAUGGAACAUGUGCCCCCCGAGUCUGUGGAUGUUGUCCUGCUGAUAUUUGUGCUCUCUGCUGUUCAUCCUGAUAAGAUGCACCUUGUCUUACAAAACAUUUACAAGGUAUUGAAACCAGGCAAAAGUGUCCUGUUUCGUGACUAUGGACUGUAUGAUCACGCCAUGCUUAGGUUUAAAGCUGGAAGCAAACUUGGAGAGAACUUUUAUGUUAGACAAGAUGGAACCAGAUCGUAUUUUUUUACUGACGAAUUCCUGGCUCAGCUCUUUACGGACUCGGGUUAUGAAGAAGUGGUGAAUGAGUAUGUGUUUCGUGAGACGGUGAACAAAAAGGAAGGUCUCUGUGUGCCAAGAGUUUUCCUUCAGAGCAAAUUCCGAAAGUCUCCAAAGAGCCCAACUCCUGUGACCCUGGGCCCAGGGCACAGGUCCUGACCUUUCUUUCACAAGAUUGACUUUUAUGCCUCCCCUUGAAGAGGAAUGUUUAAUGUCAUUCUUUUUAUUUUCUAUAUUUUUAUAUCUUAACUUCUUCAAUGAGUAUAUAUCACUUUUAUAUUAAAAAGUAGCGUGUAAAAAAAACACAAAAAAGAGUGUGUGUGUGUGUGUGUGUGUGUGUGUG